GGCAGCACCCACUCUAGUGAAAGGUCUUUGUGCUGGGUGCGCAGGGAUUGGAAGAUGAAUGAGGGAUCCUGUCCGAGGAGGCCAGUCUAGUGGGGGAAACAGAACAGAGGACAGUAUGUGUGGGCAGGUCCAGUGCUCUGUAACAGUGCUAACCCUUUACAUUGGUUGAUGCACUUAAUCCUCGCAAAAAUCCUGAGAUCCGACUUAAAUUCGUUGAAGAUGGCACAGAAGAGCAGCGGCCUAAUGCGAAUGUGCAGAUUUCUUCUCUUAGUGAUCUUAUUUCUGCCACGUGAAAUGACAAGCUCUGUUUUAACUGUGAAUGGUAAAACCGAGAGCCAUACUCUGACCACUCCGCUGGGCUCCGAAGCAUCUCUGACGUGUGCUGUUCAGAACCACACUGGGGAUGAAGGACUUCUCUGGUUCCGAGAAGGGGGGACAGUGGAUUUGAAGUCUGAAAACAGAAUCAAUUCCAGCGCCGUCUGUGUGACUUCCAUCAGUGAAGACGACAAUGGAGUCACCUUUACCUGCAAGCUGCAGCGGGACCAGUCGGUGUCCAUCUCAGUGGUGCUGAACGUUCCCUUUCCUCCUCUCCUAAGUGGAAAUGACUACCAAACGGUUGAGGAAGGCAGUGCUGCGAAGCUGGUUUGCAAUGUGAAAUCCAACCCCCAGGCUCUAAUGAUGUGGUACAAAAACAGCAGCAACCUGACCUUAGAGAAAAACCACCACCAAGUCCAACAGACAAGUGAGUCUUUUCAGUUGUCAAUCACCAAAGUCAAGAAAUCUGACAAUGGAACCUACAGCUGUUUUGCGUAUUCACCUCGGGGAACAAAGACAAAGGACUUUCACCUCUUUGUCAAAGAUAGAGGUUCGACGGUGCCAAUAGAACCCAUUAUUGCUGCAACUGUUGUGGUCUUUCUGACGUUGUGCUUCGGACUGAUUGCUAGAAGAAAAAGAAUAAUGAAGUGCUGCAUAAAGGGUGAAGAUCCUCAAAGAGAAACAGCUCUGUAA